GAAGUGGCCAGGAAGGCGAGGAACGGCUCCGGGGCUGCCCUGCGCUGCCGCCCCCGCCGAGCGGGCACCGCGGGGCGGGCACCGACAGCACCGGCAGCACCGGCAGCGGGAGGAGUCGCCGCCCUUGGCACCUCCGUGCCAUGCUCGCAUCCCGCACAAGCUGGCGCUUGGGAUCCGCUUGGCAAACCGAGGGCUGCCGUCGCUGGGAGGGCCGGGGGCAGGACACGUUCGUCGCCGGGAGCAGGGCAGAGGCUUCUCGCCGGGCGCCGCCGCUGCUGCCUGCGGUGCUUCAGCGUCAGAUCCUCGACGUGAGCUGGCAGGACGCUGCCAACCCCAGCGGGCUCAGCCUGGCUCUGCAGGCCCUGCAGGAGACAGCAGGUGAGCAGCAGGAAGAGAGCCACCACCAGAGGCCAAAGGUGGGCACGGCAGAGCAGCCACCAGGGUGCCCCCACCGGCUGGCAGCUGCCACACCACUGCGGGCAGCCUCCAACAUGAACCUGGAGAAAGCAGGAGGGAGGCUCUGUGGUGGGAAACGUGCCAGCCUGCCAGCAGCUCGACCCUUCCCAGUGAUCCAGAAGGUGGUGGCUUCCAUGGCACAUCUGCAGGAGGAGAAGAUGAGGCUGCAGGAGGAGCUGCUUGGGCUGCGUGAGAAGUUGGCUGCCAGGGAGACCGAGGAGCUCUCUCACUCCCUUCAGCUGCAAAGCCAGGUGGAAGCUCUGAAGGCCAAGCUGCUGGAGCAGGCACAGGAGAUCAGCCGCCUGCGCUCCGAGCUGGGUGGCACGGACGCAGAGAAGCAGCGGGCACUGCUGGCAGCCGAGAACGAGCGCCUGCGGCAGGAGAUGAAGAGCUGCGAGGGGGAGCUGCUGGAGCUGCGCCGGCAGCAGCAACAGCAGCAGCAGGCACCGUGCCAGGACUGUGCCCACCUCCAGGAGAACGCUGAGCUGCAGGAGAGGCUGUGCCAGCUGCAGCAGGAGGCAGAGGAGGCGAGGGCCAAGCUGGCAGAGCUGGACCUGGAGGUGCAGCAGAAGACCAACCGCUUGGCAGAGGUGGAGCUGCGCCUCAAGGACUCCCUGGCAGAGAGGGCAGAGGAGGAGGAGAGGCUGAGCCGGCGGCUGCGGGACAGCCAGGAGACCAUUGCCAGCCUCAAGUCCCAGCCCCAGCAGGUAAAGUACAUCAUCAAGACGGUGGAGGUGGAGUCUGCCAAGGCAAAACAGGCCCUGUGUGAGAGCCAGUCCCGAAACCAGUACCUGCAGGAGCAGGUGGGCAUGCAGAGGCAGGUGCUGAAGGAGAUGGAGCAGCAGCUGCAGAGCUCCCAGAAGACCGUGGCCCAGCUGCGAGCUCAGAUGGUGAUGUAUGAGGCCGAGCUGGAGCGAGCCCACGGGCAGAUGCUGGAGGAGAUGCAGGCGAUGGAGGAGGAGAAGAACCAGGCCAUCGAGGAAGCCUUCUCCCGUGCCCAGGUGGAGAUGAAGGCAGUGCAUGAGAACCUGGCAGGGGUCAGGACCAACCUGCUGACGCUGCAGCCUGCCCUGCGCACCCUCACCCACGACUACAACAGCCUCAAGCGCCAGGUCCGAGACUUCCCCCUGCUCCUCCAGGAGGCUCUGAGGAGUGCCAGGGCCGAGAUCAGCCAGGCCAUCGAGGAGGUGCACAGCACCAACCGGGAGCUGCUGCGCAAGUACCGCCGCGAGCUGCAGCUGCGCAAGAAGUGCCACAACGAACUGGUGCGGCUGAAAGGGAACAUCCGCGUCUUCGGGAGGGUCCGGCCCAUCACCAAGGAGGACGGGGAGGGCCCCGAGGCUGCCAACGCUGUCACCUUCGACGCCGACGACGACGCCGUCCUGCACCUCCUGCACAAGGGCAAGCAGGUGUCCUUCGAGCUGGAUAAGGUCUUCCCCCCCCAGGCAUCCCAGGAGGAGGUGUUCCAGGAGGUCCAAGCCUUGGUCACCUCCUGCAUCGAUGGCUACAACGUCUGCAUCUUUGCCUAUGGCCAGACAGGGGCAGGGAAAACCUACACCAUGGAGGGCACAGCAGCCAACCCUGGGAUCAACCAGAGGGCUUUGCAGCUCCUCUUCUCCGAGGUGCGGGGCAAGGAGGCUGACUGGGACUAUGCCAUCAGUGUCAGCGCUGCCGAGAUCUACAACGAGUCCCUCAGGGACCUGCUGGGGAAGGAGCCCCAGGAGAAGCUGGAGAUCAAGCUGUGCCCAGAUGGCAGUGGGCAGCUCUACGUGCCAGGGCUGACCGAGUUCAGGGUGCAGAGCGUGGAGGACAUCAACAAGGUCUUCGAGUUUGGCCAUGUCAACCGUGCCACAGAGUGCACCAACCUGAACGAGCACAGCUCUCGCUCCCAUGCCCUCCUCAUCGUCACCGUCCGCGGCUUGGACCGCAGCACCGGGCUGAGGACCACGGGGAAGCUGAACCUGGUGGACCUGGCAGGGUCGGAGCGGGUCGGGCGGUCGGGCGCGGAGGGCAGUCGGCUCCGCGAAGCGCAGCACAUCAACAAGUCCCUGGCGGCUCUGGGCGAUGUCAUCUACGCCCUGCGCUCCCGCCAGGGCCACGUCCCCUUCCGCAACUCCAAGCUCACCUACCUGCUGCAGGACUCCCUCAGCGGGGACAGCAAGACCCUCAUGAUGGUGCAGGUGUCCCCUGCCGAGAAGAACAGCAGUGAGACCCUCUGCUCCCUCAAGUUCGCCGAGAGGGUUCGCUCCGUGGAGCUGGGACCUGGCGCCAGGAAGGCUGAGUUGGCUUCUUGGCCCAGCCAGGAGCAGCUGGAGGGUGACUCUGCAGGGCCCUCAGUGCCCCCCAGCCGUGGCCACGCAGCCCCCAGCCCAGGGCAGCUCUCCAGCCGCUCUGCCUCCAUCCGCAGGAGGCUCCAGACCUCAGGGAAGCUGAGGCCGGUGCCCGUGUGACGAGUGCCAGCCCUGGCACUAAAGCUGCUGCAGGACCCAGCCCCCUGGGGGUGCUCCGGAGUGCCAGCUGCUGGCAGACACAAAAGGCUGCUUCUGUGCCAGCCCUGGCACCAAAGCUGCUGCAG